AUUGGCUCUUACUUGAUUGCCAUGGACCUCCAUAAGCAAUGGGAGACUACAGAGUCAAACUGGAUUAAGGAAAGGAUGGAAUUACUGGACCAAUUUGACAAUGAAAGGAAGGAAUGGGAAAGCCAAUGGAAAGUUAUGCAGAAGAAGAUAGAAGAGCUUUGCCAGGAAGUGAAGCUCAGGAGGGAAAGCAAGAAGAACAGCUGCUUGAAAACUGUUGAACAGGAUAAGAAUGUCCAAAGUAAAAUGGCCCCAUUUUUGCCACAUUCCCCAAUUCCAGGACAAGAUGACACUGCAAUGCUGAGUGAUGGACUUUGUCCUGUAAGUCUAAAUACAGAUACCAUGGAAGGAGGCAGCUUCCUUGAGGGAAAAAAUCAAAUGGGCAAGGAACAAAUAACAAUGAGGAAAUCCAAAGCAGUGUUCAUGGACCCUCUGUCCACAAAGAAUCAAAAGAAAUAUGAGGGUGGGUCUUGCUUGAAGAUUUCUGAGGAAGAAAGAAAGAGCUGUACUAAUGCCCUCAAUACAGCUCUUGAGGAACUUGCCAAAGUUAGUGAAGAAUUAUGCAACUUUCAAGAGGAAAUCCGAAAGAGAUCUAACCACAGAAGGAUGAAGUCAACUCCUUUUCUCCAAGAAACAAUUAGCACAGUUAAUCCUGAUGUGAAUCACAUGAUCAGCAAUGACUCCCCAACUGCUUUAAUCAGUCUAGAUACAGAAAAACAGAUAAAUAAAAAGAACCUAAGUCAUGUUGAUGAUAUGCCCCAUGACACUCCUGUUGAGAACAGUGUACCAGAUACACUUUCUUUGCAAAGCAAUGAAACUCCACCAAUCCCUCCUCCAAGAAGCACUUCUCGAAACUUUCCAAGCUCAUAUGCUGAAGAUCACCCUGUCUUUGAUAGUCUAAAGGAAAAUUUAGACAGCAGGUGGGAGACACAAGACUGCAGAGAAGUUGGUUGCAACUUUGAAAAGAUUUCAAAGAAUGAAAAAUUGGCAGCAAAGACAGAUGAAUUUAACAGAACUGUAUUUCGAACAGACAGAUGUUGCAGUUCAGCACAGCAUAUUCAAAGGCUCUUAGAUUCAUCAAAAGACUCUAAGCCCUGUGAUCCAUUAUGUAAAUGUGCAGUUCACGCAAAAGAAAGUGACGAUCUGUGUUGCAUUCAGAACAACAGCCUCUCAGUGCCCAAAGAGGGAAAGUCAAAUAGUUUUACCAAAAAAGUCAUGGGAGGGCAAGUUAAGCAAGCGCAGGAGCAUUUUGAUGCUAGCAAUUAUCACCACAUGCUUCAUGAGCAUGACUGGAAACCCAGUAAUUUGUUAGGUCGUCCGCGAUCAGCCGAUCCCAAGUCAAACUAUGGAGUAGUGGAAAAGCUGCUGAAAAACUAUGAGAAAUCAACAGGGUCCUUGUCACAAAACUUGAAAUCCUGCCAAGAUCAUUGGACCAAAUUGGAUUGUAAUGUCAUCAAGAGUGACAAGGACCCCAUUAAUCAGUGUUUAGAAAUGUUUCAACCAGAACAAGAAAAGCAAGAGCUUCAGAUGAAGUCAGGCAUGUCUAUGGAACAGCAAAACAAGCAAGAAGUAGAGAGGAAAGAAUUAACAGAGGAGUCUGUGGCAAUGAAAUCAACUGAUGGGAAAGGGUUUUCUCGGCCUGCCCGGCCAACAAAUCGACGCCCACCUUCCCGAUGGGCACUCAGAUCCCCAUCUGCGCCCCCGGCCUUGAAGAAGACUGCGUAUGGCUAUUCUUUUUCACUGCACUCAGAGACCGCAGCUGUCUGAGUCUCCCUAAGACAGAAUGGGUAGACCCUAUGGCCAAAGCUCUAGAUCUUCUUUCCAGACAGAGCAUUCUGUGUGUUUGUAACCAGUUGUGUCCUGCUCUGUAUCCUUCAAGAUUAAGAAUUACAUCUCUUGAU